CGAGCUGUUAGCUGAGCUGCUAUAUAAAAAGACCCCCACAGCUCCAGAGGAGAAACUCAGCUCUGCAGGACAACUGGAGACACAAGCAGAUUUGGCAAAACGACUAUCGGAGCCAUAAGGAAUCUACAAUACAACGCACAGGUGUUUGCUGUCUUGGACCAGUGAAACCCAGGAGAAGACGCUCUAGGGUACGAUGCGAUCUGGCUUAUUAAUUUGCCUGCUGCUCUUAGAGGUGGCCUAUGUAACUGGACAAGGACCUCGAAAAGGAGAUGCUGUGCUGAGUCAUUCCACACGGAAAAUUCGUCCCGGGAAAAAAAUCUUACCAGGUCCAGUAAAGAUCAAAGCCGAUGAGUUUCAGCAGUGGACAACCUGGUUCAACAUUGAUCACCCAGGUGGCAAUGGAGACUAUGAGCGCCUGGACGCCAUCAGGUUCUAUUAUCCUAACAGGGUUUGCCUGAAACCUCUGCGUAUGGAGGCACGAACUACAGAAUGGGUCCCAGCAGGAAAGACUGGAGAAGUUGUGCACUAUAGCCUAGCAAAAGGAUUUUGGUGUAUCAAUACAGAGCAACUGGAAGGCAAAAACUGUUCCAAUUAUUCAGUCCGCUUCUUGUGUCCCGUUGUUCUACAUCCCACUGUUCCAAAAGAGACAUGGUCAGAAUGGUCCCCAUGGAGUGCGUGCUCAGCCAGAUGUGGUAGCAAUGGCAUGCAGGUACGGAGAAGGACCUGUUUAGCGGAGGAUCACUGGCAAGACCACUGUAAUGGACCCACAGAGGAGGGACGCAUGUGCACUGGAGCGCUGUGUACAGUGUGUAAUCUCAGCUGUCCUAUGGGGAAAGCGAGCGCAGACUGCAGUGUGUGCGAAUGCAAGAACCAAAUAUUGUAUGGCACAGUCACCCUACCAGACGGAGCGCCCGCUGCUGGUGUUAACGUGUACGUCAUCUCCAAGAAACCCAGAGUAAAAGCUGUAUCUGAUGCACAAGGGCAUUUCCGCGUGGUAGGGUUAUGUCCCAACAGCACAUUGCAGUUGAAAUUGGAAAAAUACUCUGUGGUGAAUGUGAGAACUCCUAAAAGCGAAGGAUCAUCUUCAUCUAUCAAUAUCAGUAUGAAGAGGAGAGAAAAGCCGUACAUUAUAGAAAACCCUGAAGCCAAGGUGAGGAGAGUGGGGCAAAGUGUGACAUUCUGCUGCAAUUCUGUGGGAGAGCCAGCAGUAGAACAGUACCUGUGGUACCAUAAUGGAACCCUUUUGGACCAAAAUAUACAUAAAUCUAGCAAUGAGCUGACCCUUCGAAAGCUCAAGGUGAGCCAAGCUGGAGAGUACUAUUGCAAGGCUAAAAAUGAUGCAGGAUUUGUAAAGUCCAGCCCUGCCAAGCUUACUCUCAUUGAUCAGGAUGCUCCUGCCUGCAUUCCAAAUCCAGAGAUUCAUCUCAUCCAACUUCCUCAUGACUGUUUUCAAAAUGCCACUAAUUCGUUCUACUACAAUGUUGGGAAAUGUCCGUCUACAUUUUGCCCUGGGGAUCUGGAUAAUGGACUAAGAUGCAAGGACAAUGUGCCCUACUGCUGUGGGAUUACUGAAACAGAAGUAAAAGAAGUCUCCUGUCAGGGUUAUGUUCUCCCAAUUAAAGUUGCUGUGCAGUGUGGUUGCUUAAAGUGUACAGACACCAAAAUAAUUGUUCGUGGAAGGGCAAUAGCAUCUGAUACUGGAGAACCCAUGCGAUUUGGACACAUAUACAUGGGAAAUGCCAGGGUUAGCAUGACAGGUUAUAAAGGCACCUUUUCAAUUCAGGUUCCUGCAGAAACAGAGAGGUUGGUUCUUACUUUUGUUGACCGGCUACAAAAAUUUGUUAAUACCACGAAAGUUCUUCCAUUCAAUAAAAAGGGAGGUGCUGUUUUUCAUGAGGUUCUUCUUCUCAGGAGAAAAGAGCCGGUCAUAUUGGACUCCAUGAAGACAAACCAGAUAUCUCUAGGAGAUGUAGAAAAUGAUGAUCCUAUAGCUGAACUGGAAAUUCCCCCAAAUUCUUUCUAUAGACAAAAUGGAGAGAUCUACAAUGGAAAAGUAAAGGCAAGUGUAACAUUUUUAGACCCAAGAAACAUAUCAACAGCCAGAGCUGCACAAAGUGACUUAAAUUUUGUCAAUGAAGAAGGUGAUACCAUGCCACUACGCUCAUAUGGGAUGUUCUCAGUAGAUUUUACUGAUGAGAAAGCCAUUGAAUCCCUGAAUGCUGGAGCAGUUAAAGUAUACCUUGACUCUUCCCAAGUCAAAAUGUCAGAGCACCUUGAAAGCAUGAAAUUAUGGUCUCUAAAUCCAGAAACUGGACUUUGGGAAGAAGAAGGAGACUUUCAACAAGCAAGAGUACGGCGAGGUAAAAGAGAGGAGAGGACCUUUCUUGUAGGCAACAUGGAAAUUAGGGAGAGAAGAUUGUUUAACCUGGAUGUUCCUGAAAGUCGAAGAUGUUAUGUGAAAGUUCGUGCAUAUAGAAGUGAAAGGUUCUUGCCAAGUGAACAAAUAGAAGGUGUAGUAGUAAACCUAAUCAACAUGGAACCUAUGUCAGGAUUUGCAUCCAAUCCUCGAGCUUGGGGACGUUUUGACAGUGCUAUAACUGGUCCAAAUGGGGCAUGUUUACCUGCAUUUUGUGAUGACAACAGCCCAGAUGCUUACUCUGCGUUUGUAACUGCCACUUUACUAGGAGAGGAACUGGAAGCAGUUCAAUCUUCUCCAAAGUUUAACCCAAAUAUAAUUGGUGUCCCACAACCCUACCUAAAUAAACUGAAUUAUAGAAGAACAGAUCACGAUGAUCCCAAAGUAAAAAAGACAGCUUUCAGCAUCAGUGUGGCCAAACCAACUCCAAAUGUUGCUGAGGAGAGCAACGGUCCUGUUUAUGCCUACAACAAACUUCUAGAGUGUGAAGAGGCCCCUUCUAAUGCCGGACAUUUUAGAUUUUACAGAGUAGAAGGUGAUAGAUAUGACUUCAACACUGUAACAUUUAAUGAAGAUGACCCAAUGAGCUGGACUGCAGAUUACUUAGCCUGGUGGCCCAAGCCAAUGGAAUACAGAGCUUGUUAUAUGAAAGUUAAAAUUGUUGGGCCUCAGGAAAUUAUUGUAAGGUCUCGAAAUAUGGGUGGCACACAUCCACAAACAGUUGGCCAACUCUAUGGAAUUCGAGAUGUACGGAGUACCAGAGACUUGGAAGAAUCCAAUCUCUCUACAGCAUGUGUGGAAUUCAAAUGUAGUGGUAUGCUGUAUGAUCAAGACAGGGUAGAUCGUACACUCGUGAAGAUUGUCCCUCAAGGAAGCUGUCGGAGGGUAUCCAUAAACAGCAUGCUUCAUGAAUAUCUUGUCAAUCAUCUUCCAAUGGCAGUUAACAAUGACACCAAUGAGUAUACUAUGCUUGCUCCUCUUGACCCACUUGGACAUAAUUAUGGCAUUUAUACAGUUACUGAUCAGGAUCCAAAAACAGCUAAGGAGAUUGCCCUUGGUAGGUGCUUUGAUGGCUCAUCUGAUGGGACUUCUAGGGUGAUGAAGAGUAAUGUAGGAGUAGCCCUUUCUUUUAACUGUUUGGAUCAGGAUGUCAGGCAGCAAAGUGUCUUUCGUGGGAAUGGACUAGCAGCAUCAAGUGCAUCUAGACAGGGAGGCAGAAAUACAAGGCAACAAAGAGCAAGUAGUAGAAACAGGUCAACAGUUAGAAUAACCUCUCUUUUAACAUCAAGAGAGCGCAGUUCAGAUCAGUAAGAACAGAACAAAAGCCAGAACAGGCUUCUACUACACUCCUUUACUUCAUGGCUAUAAGAGAGUUUUCAGAAAAUUCCAGACUCAUUUGCCAAGGUGAGAUGUACAGAAUUAUAGCUUAAUUUACUACAUAAUCAACAUUUUUAAUUUAGAAGAAAAAUCAAACAAUGAGAAUUAUCCUAAUAAAAUUGCAGCCAACAGCUAAGAUACAAAAUCAACAGAAAUAUCUCCUAUCUUUCACAAACUCCUUUUUUUUUUUUCUUUUAUUCAAUAUGCUGAAAAAUAAUGAAUGGUACACUUGCGUUUUGCCUACUUAAAUGCUUAUUUCAUCUGACUUGUGGAUCAGAUUUAAUGGCUUCCUUCCUUCUGUCAUCCUUUGAUUUGUAUCUUUUAGCAUUCAAAACUGCCUCCUCCCAUUGGGAACUGAUAAAAUAAUGUAUAAUUUAUUUCCCACCACUAGUACAAAGCAAUAAUAGUUUUCCAGAUGUGAGUCCCACUAAAGAUUAACGUGGAAACCAGAACUAGAAUGUGACUAAUCUCUUACAACUGACCUAAAUUACAUCCAAAAUAUUUUACCGAAAUCCUAAGGCAAAAUCCAUACAAUCUAUUAAAGGAGACCAAGUGUUCUAGAGACUGUAUUUUCAGAUUCCAGAACCAGAGCAAAAAGGUCACAUAUGCAUCUGAUAAAUGCAGUAUUGUACAAUGUUUUCUACUAUCACUAUGGCUUUAAACAGAUAUACUGUACACAUGCAGUUUAUUAUCUCAUGUACAUCGUCCCCAUGCUUUUCUUUACAAUUUGGACUCUCCUGACCUUUUCUAACCAUAUAAACGUAUUCCUCUGGUUUGUUUCCAUUCUGUAUGUAGCAUUUACGUUGCUGUAUCCGACCAAACCCACACUUCUCCUUUCUCUGCCACAGCUCCAGCCCCGUCCCUAACAACACCCAGCUAGUUCAUAGCUCCUCCCACCAGCUAGUUACAUAGACACUUCCCUAUCACUGCCCCUAACAAU